GAGACUCAGCAAAGUGGAAUCACUUUACCCUUGUCCUGGCUGGGUUGAAUUAGAUCCUGAAGUGCUAUGGAGUCAAUUUGUUGGCGUAAUAAAAGAUGCUGUACACGCUGCAGGACUUCACAUGAGGCAAAUUGCUGGUCUUGGCAUCUCCACGCAGAGAGGAACUUUCAUUACAUGGCACAAGAGGACAGGGAAGCCUUUUCAUAAUUUCAUAAGUUGGCAAGACUUAAGAAGUGCUGAACUUGUGAAUUCCUGGAAUAAGUCCCUUCUGCUGAAGGUAAUCCAUGUUAUUUUUACAGUGCUUCAUUUCUUAACUGGGAAUGAUCGAUAUUUGGCACCAAGUUUUCUUACUUUUUCAACACAACAAACUUCUAUGAAGUUGUCAUGGGUUUUUAAAAACAUACCUGAGGCUGAAGAAGCUGCCAAAAAAAAUAACUGCUGCUUCGGAACAGUUGACACAUGGUUACUGUACAGACUGACUAAAGGUUCUGUGUAUGCUACAGAUUACUCAAAUGCCAGUUCUACAGGCGUGUUCGAGCCCUUUACGAGAAGUUGGAACCCCACGUUGUGUAGUCUGCUUUCUAUUCCAAUGUCUAUUUAUCCACCAGUGAAAGACACAAGCUUCAACUUUGGAUCAGCUGACUCUGAAAUAUUUGGGGUGCCUAUUCCAAUAAUGGCAGUGGUGAGUGAUCAGCAGUCAGCUAUGUUUGGAGAAUGCUGCUUUCACCCAGGAGAUGUCAAACUGACAAUGGGAACAGGAGGUUUCUGGAAUGUGAAUACUGGAGAGCAUCUCUUUGCGUCAGGGAGAAACCUUUACCCACUGAUUGGUUGGAAGAUUGGGGAAGAAGUUGUUUACUUAACGGAAGGCUCUAUGUCGGAUAUUGGCACUGCUAUAAAGUGGGCUCAGGAUAUAAAUCUUUUCACCAAUGUAGAUGAAACAGCAAAAAUGGCACGGAGUAUUGUUGAUUCUCAAGGCGUUUGUUUCAUUCCAGGUUUCCAGGUUUCUGUGAAUGACCCAUAUUUGUGUGCCUCUUUCAUGGGGCUGAAACCUUCCACUACCAGAAACCAUCUUGUACGAGCUAUAUUGGAAUCUGUCGCUUUCAGAAACAAACUGCUGUAUGAUAUCAUUGUGAAGAAGGUGCACAUUCCUCUGCAAACUAUUCGAGCUGAUGGAGGUGUCAGUAAUAACAGUUUUGUUAUGCAGAUGACUUCAGAUUUAAUUAAUAAGAAAAUAGAAAAACCUGCAAAUGCAGAUAUGUCUAGUCUUGGUGCAGCUUUUCUAGCAGGCCUUGCUUCAGGAUUUUGGACUGACAAAGAACAACUAAAGAAGCUAAGGCGAACAGAAGCAGUGUUUGAGCCCCAGAAGGACCCGGAGGAAUACAGACCUGCAAUGGAUACCUGGCUACAAGCAAUGAAAUGUUCUCUGCACCGGUAG